AUGUCAUCAGAAGCACCAGCUGUCCACCUUGAUGAAAACGGACAACCAUUGUCCAAGAAUGCCUUGAAGAAGAAGCUCAAGGCGGAGAAGGCCGCCCAGGCCAAGGCUGAAAAGGCCGCCAAGGCUGCUCAAAACCAACCCAAGAAGAAGGAAAAGGAAGAAGAAAUUACCGAUCCUACUCAAUUCAAGGCCAACCGUCAGCAAACCGUCGCACAAUUGCAAAAGGAAGGCGUCAAUCCUUACCCACACAAGUUCAAUGUCGAAUACCGAUUGCCCGACUUUGUCGCCGAAUUCGAAUCCAAGACUGAGAACGGAGCCAAGUUGGAAGAAAAGACGGUCUCUGUUGCUGGACGUAUCGUUUCGCUUCGUGCCCAAGGAAAGCUUAAAUUUUAUGAUAUCCGUGGAGAUGGAGCCAAGCUGCAAAUGAUGAGUGAUCCUGGAACCUUUGCCGGUGACGCCGAUGCCUUUGCCAAGAUCCACAAGAUUUUGAAGAAUGGAGAUAUUAUUGGAAUCGUUGGAUACCCAGGAAAGUCCAAGCAUGGACAACUUUCUAUUUUCCCUACCGAAAUUCAAUUGCUCAGUCCCUGUUUGCACAUGCUUCCAUUUUCCAAGGGUGACUCUGCACUUGGUGGAAUUUCCAAUAUGGAAACCCGAUACCGUCAGCGUUAUUUGGAUUUGAUUGUGAACGAAGAAAUCAGAGACGUUUUCAGCAUUCGUUCCAGCAUUAUUACCGAAAUCCGAAGAUAUCUUGACGACAGACAUUUCUUGGAAGUGGAGACACCCAUGAUGAACAUGAUUCCAGGCGGUGCCGUUGCCAAGCCAUUCGUCACUUACCACAAUGACUUGAGUAUGGAUCUUUACUUGCGUAUUGCCCCUGAAUUGUACUUGAAGAUGCUGGUCAUUGGUGGACUGGACCGUGUUUACGAAAUUGGUCGUCAAUUCCGAAAUGAAGGUAUUGAUUUGACACACAACCCCGAAUUCACAACCUUGGAAUUCUACCAAGCAUAUGCUGAUUACAACGAUCUUAUGGAUAUGUGCGAAGAACUUGUUUCUGGGCUUGUCAAGAAGAUUACUGGAGGAUUCAAGAUCAAGUACUCUCCCAAGCCAGGUAUGCCAGAAGUCGAGAUCGAUUUCACCCCUCCAUUCAAGCGCAUUAGUAUGAUGGAAGGUUUGGAAGAAAAGAUGGGAAUCAAGCUACCAGCAAUGGAUGACCCAGAAUGCGAGAAGAAGCUCGUUGAUAUUCUUGCCGAUUUCGACUUGGAAUGCACUCCACCACACACAACUGCCCGUCUAUUGGAUACUCUAGUUGGUGAAUUCUUGGAAGACAACAUCAUCCACCCAACUUUUAUCACUGAGCAUCCACAAAUCAUGAGUCCUUUGGCCAAGUACCAUCGCUCCAAGCCAUUCCUCACUGAGAGAUUCGAACUUUUUGCUGCCGGAAGAGAAUUGGCUAAUGCUUACACGGAAUUGAAUGACCCAGUUAUCCAAUACAACCUGUUCUUGGAACAAGCUAAGGCUGGAAGUGCUGGAGAUGACGAGGCUAUGGUUAUGGAUGAUUCCUUCGUUGCUGCUUUGGAGCACGGUCUUCCACCCACUGGAGGAUUCGGUCUUGGUGUUGACAGACUGACAAUGUUCUUGUCCAACAAGAACAACAUCAAGGAAGUCUUGUUGUUCCCUGCCAUGAAACCUACUGAUGAGCAAAUGCAAGUGAUUGCCAAAAACGCACCCAAGAAGGAUGCCACAAACACAAAUAUGUCGAUGACAACAGAUAUGAGCGUCUUUGAGGGUGCUGAUAUGACCAGCUCCGAAAUGCUCAAGGCGCUCGAUGAUGCUCUGAUUGGAAAGUCGUUUAUUCAAGGCACUGCGCCUUCCAAGGAUGAUGCCGCUCUUCUAGAGAAGGUUUCCAAGGUCGAUGCCAGUACUCUUGAGGCUUAUCUAAACAUCACUGCAUGGUCCAAGCUUCUUUCUAUGUUCUCAGCUGAAGUUCGUGCCAGCUGGUAA